AUGGAUAUUGGUGGUGAUGGUAAUGCAGUUGGACAAGGGAGAAAGGAUGAGUAUAUGUCAAAUAAAGAUAGCAAUGGUCAUGGUAUAGGUGAUGGAAUUAAAUAUCCUGAUGAUCCUCAAAUGCAGAGUUAUACAAGUGAUAAUGUAUUUUAUGGUGAGACUGAGUCAGACUUGCUGAAUGAUGAUAAAGAUGUAUCAGUUAAAGAGAUAUUAAAUGAUGAUGUUAAAGCAAGGUGUCAGUCUGACCCUGGUAUACAAGAAGAAACUACAGCUGAUGUGCAUGUAGGUCAUAGUGCAAUAAACCCAGCGAUUUCCACUCAGUCUUUGCAAUCUAACAUGUCACAUAAUCCUACUCCUAAGUCUUCCAACUACACAGUUAACAUUCCAAGAGACAAUAUAGAGUCUUCCAUUAAUAGUGGCAAUGCAGACACCCCAGAUUCCCAUUUGUGCCUUACAGACCCUUCUGGUGUUAGAAAUACUGUUCUCGAUUUUAGGACUAAAAAUUUACAUUCUAAUGAUAUAGAAGCCACUGAUGGUGAUUCUAAAAGUAAAGUUGUACGUCAAACUGGUGCAGUACGAUUUAGAGAUCAACAGCUCAAUGAUGAUGAAGAUGACUACCGUGUGUCAUCAUCUGAGCGUUCCCAUUCAUAUCAUGGUGAUACCCAACAUUUCAGGUCACAUAGGUCUAGACCGAAAACAAAAACAAACAAAAUUAAGCCGAUUCAAGCCUUGGAUUACCAUGGCAGGGCCAUCAAAAUAAAGUUUCCCCCACCAAGAAUUAUCCGAAGAUCCAAAAGUUUAGAUGAAAGUAGGCUUGGCAAACGUUCUCGCUCAAGGCAUAGAUAUGCUCGAUUACACUCUGAAAAUCGUGCUCAAUCUGAAUCUGAAGAUGACCUUGAGGUUCCUGAUGGACCUAGAGGUUAUGUCAUUCCUCCAUAUAUAUCUGAGGAAAGUAGCAGCGAGAGUGAUGAAAGUGAUGAUUCAUCAACAUUUUCAUUUUCAACAUUAUCUCGAAGACAAAAAUUACUGCUUAUUAUGAUGUUCCUUGCCAAUGUUGUUGCUUUUAUGUGCAUGGGGCUCCCAGCUCCCUUCUUUCCUACUGAGGCAUCAGACAAAGGACUUAGCAAAACAGUAUCUGGAUGGAUUUUUGGAAUAUUUGCCUUGGCACAGUUUGUUGUUUCCCCAGUCUUUGGAAAAUUGCUUCCUGUGAUAGGGACCCGGUUCUUGCUACUUUCUGGAGAGUUCUUAGGUGGAGGAUGUACAAUACUAUUUGGUGUGCUGCAUUUUGUUCCUCAAUACAUGAGAAUUGAGUACAUCGUGCUCUGCUUCGUGUGUCGUGUUAUCAUGGCCAUAGGCUGUGCAGCCUGCACCACAGCUACAUAUGCCAUUACUGCUUUAGAAUUCUCUGACAGUAUCGCCACUGUGUUUGGAAUAUUGGAGACUGGUGUAGGAGUAGGAUUGAUGAUUGGUCCUGGAAUUGGAGGACUCUUGUUUGAUGCAGGGGGAUUCUGGCUUCCAUUUGCAGUAGUUGGCGGACUUAUGAUUCUAUGUGUGCCAUUUAGCUUCUAUAUUCUACCUUCACAAACAGAACAAGAUAAUAUGGAUGAAUCUGGGUCAUUCCUUGCAUUCAUAAAGAUUCCCUCAUUGAUGCUUGUAUGGCUUAGUGUUGUGCUCUCAUCCUUUGUCUGGUCAAUCUUUGAUCCUAUCUUGGCACCACACUUAACACAGUUUGACUUGAGUCCCUCCAUGUUAGGAUUGAUUUUCCUGCUGCUGUCAGCCUUCUAUGGGAUUUUCUCACCCAUAUGGGGGUGGCUUACAGAUAGAAUAGACAAAUACAAUAAUAUCUUACCCCUUUUGAGUAUUGGAUUCCUAGUUGCUGCAGGUGCUCUUCUGUUAAUUGGACCUACACCCAUUAUCCCAUUUCUAAGUGGCUAUAGUGAAUUGUGGUUAAAUCUGGUUGCGCUGAGUGUGCUAGGUAUUACAAUCAGUCUCACAAUGGUGCCUACCUUCCAAUAUAUGCUAGAGGCUGCCACGGACAAGGGUAUUCCAGAAAACAUACAAAUGUAUGGUGUUUGUGGGGGCCUUUUGAACGCAGCAGAAGCCCUUGGUGAUUUCAGUGGGCCUGUGUUGGGUGGUCUAAUCACAGACAAAGUAGGAUUUCCCCUAUGCAUGACAUAUACAGCCUACAUGUGUGCAAUUAUGGCAUUUGUGUUGAUGUUGCUGUGGGGCUGGCAAUCUAAGUGUGGCCCCUGUGUAAAUAAACCAUCAUCAGCCAAAGAACAUUCAAAGCUCAAAGUUGAGGUGAACAGUGACAAUAGUUUAUCAACUAGCCAUGCAGACGAGAGGUCUAGUCUUUUGAGGGAUGUAGCGGGAAUAGAGCGGCAACAGUAUUAUGGAACUGCUUAAUAGGCCUAACUACCUGACUCUCGUUGCAGUAUUUAAAAAUGUGGACCCACAAAAAGUGUGAUCAUUUAACAUAGUAUAUUUCCUGUCUCUUUUAAGGCUAGAUAAUGAGAGUGACAUAUAUAUCAGGUGGAUUAGGGAAGCAAUAUAUCAGGAACUUGGAGUAUAAACAGAGACUUAAUAGGCCAUUUCAUAAAAGGUCAUUUUCAAGCCCACAUGUUUUAGGGACCUGACAUAACCUUCUGUAACAUGUUCAGAAAUAUCUAAAAAUAUGUAAAGUAUAGCUUUAUCAUACUCAAAAUGCUAAAGCAAUAACUUUUUAGGCACUACAGCUGUCAUGUUUUUACCAAGCACCUUUUUCCUUUUGGUAAAUAGAACUUUUAACAAUUUUGUCAUUACAGCGACUAAUAAACUAGAUGCGAGUAGAA